AUGGCUACCUCACUCAUCAAGGAACAAAAUGAUCAGGUGGUGCUUUUCGAGGAUAAGAAAGGGGUGAGAAAGGUCAUUUUAAACAGACCAAAGCAACUAAACUGCCUUACUUAUGAAAUGUUCUGCCAGAUGCUGAAGAAACUCGGAGACUAUGAGGAAGAUCCAAAUACAAGACUCGUGAUUCUCAAGGGAAAUGGAAGAGCAUUUUGCGCAGGUGGCGAUGUUAAAUCUGUACUAAGUUUCAUGACAACUGGGCAUUGGAGCUUUGGUGCUAGCUUCUAUAGGAAGCAACUUAACUUAGACUACAAAAUUGGGACGUAUAAGAAACCAGUGGUGUCCAUCAUAGACGGAAUUGUAAUGGGAGGAGGAGCUGGUCUAUCCUUGAAUUCGACCUUUCGGAUUGUCACCGAAAAUACUGUAUUUGCCAUGCCAGAGGCUGCCAUUGGGCUCUUUCCAGAUUGUAGCGCAUCUCAUUUCUUGUCUAGGCUUCCAGGGUUUCUUGGAGAAUACUUAGGUUUGACGGGCAGUAGAUUGGAUGGGGCGGAGAUGGUUAAAUGCGGCCUAGCAACUCAUUUUGUUCUUUCAAAGGAUCUUGCUUCAAUGGAGAAUGCUCUUGAUUCGUUGGCAGCAUCUGGGUCGGUGGAUUUGUCAUCCAUUUCCAAGACUAUCCAUAAAUUUGUUCACGGACCACAUCUUAAGAAAGACAGUGUAUACAAGAGGUUGGAUGCCAUCAAUGAAUGCUUCUCCAAGGAUACUGCCGAAGAAAUGUUGUCAUCGUUGGAGGAAUUAGCUGCUAAAAAUGAAGAAAAAUGGAUCGUCCAUGCAAUUAAAUCCAUGACAUCAGUUUCUCCAACAAGUCUCAAAAUUUUCCUAAGGCUGAUCCGAGAAGGACGUAUGCUGAACCUAAAAGAGUGUCUUGUUCGUGAAUUCAGGGCUUCCUGUCAUAUUUUGCGAAGAACAGUCAACAACGAUUUCUACGAGGGUGGAAGAGCUCUCCUAGUUGAGAAAGGCAGACAACCCCAGUGGAUGCCUUCUAAACUAGACCUAGUCAGCGAUGAAAUGGUGGGAAAAUAUUUCUGCGAGGUUGAUAACGAUGAUGAUUGGGAGCCUUUACAUCUACCUCCAAGACCUGCUCCGGCAUACUUUGCACCGUCUAGACUCUGA